AUGGCUCCUCCAAAUAACCCAAUUGUACCCAAAUUCAGCCUAACUAGAGCUGAUUCUUUAGACCAAUAUUUCAGUUUAUCUGAUGAUGGAAAAUUCAGUGUAAAAGGUGUAACCUUGCUGUCUGAAAUCCCUAGCAAUGUCUCCUUCACUGAGUUCAACUCAAUCUGUAACUACUCUGAAUCAGAUGCUCCUUUUCCUCUCCUUCAACGUGUACAAUCCACCUCUCAUCGAGGCGGGUUCUUCGGGUUUGAUGUCGAAGAACCCGCUGAUAGGAUGAUAAACUCCCUAGGAAAAUUUCAUGACAGGAGUUUCCUAAGCAUAUUUAGGUUCAAGACAUGGUGGUCUACUCAAUGGGUAGGAAAAUGUGGGUCUGAUUUACAAAUGGAGACUCAGUGGAUGUUGCUCGAAAUACCCGAGGUUAAGGCAUAUGCUCUCAUUGUGCCUUUGAUUGAGGGUGGUUUUAGGGCUGCCCUUAACCCUGGGGAUGAUGGUCAUGUGAUGCUUUGUGCCGAAAGCGGUUCGAGUAAGGUUAGGGAAUCAACCUUUAAGGCCAUAGCUUAUGUUCAUGUUUGUGACAACCCUUAUAAUAUAAUGAAAGAGGCUUUUAGUGCUAUAAGGGUACACCUUAACACAUUUAAGGUCUUAGAAGAGAAGGGUACCCCUAGUAUUUUGGAUAAGUUUGGUUGGUGUACUUGGGAUGCUUUUUACUUGUCUGUUGAGCCUAAGGGUGUGUUUCAUGGAGUGGAUGAGUUUUCUAAAGCCGGUCUUUCGGUUCGGUUUUUGAUCAUUGAUGAUGGGUGGCAAAGUGUUAAUUGUGAUGAGGAUGAUGACUUAGAUGAAGAUAGGAAGAGUCUUGUUCUUGGUGGGGAGCAAAUGACUGCAAGACUUCAUAGGUUUGAAGAAGGAGAAAAGUUUAGGAAAUAUAAAGGUGGUUUGUUGUUAGGGCCUAAUUCUCCCCCUUACAACCCUAUGAAGCCUAAAAUGAUCAUCUCGAAAGCUAUCGAAAUCGAGCAUGCUGAGAAGGAUCGUAAGAGGGCUAUUCAAUCAGGUGACACCGAUUUGUCUACCCUCGACGACAAGAUUCAAAUGUUAAAGCAAGAGCUAGAUGAGUUGAUGGGAGGAGAAAACGAAAACAAACACGAAAAUGAAGCAAGUGAUCAUAAUAGUAGUAGUGAUGAAGUUGAGGAAUAUGGUAUGAAGGCUUUUACUAAGGAUCUUAGGACUAAGUUUAAAGGAUUGGAUGAUAUUUGGGUAUGGCAUGCUCUUUGUGGCGCUUGGGGCGGUGUUCGGCCUGAAACAACACAUCUUAAUGCAAGUGUAAUACCUUGUAAAUUGUCACCUAGUUUAGCUGGAACAAUGGAUGAUCUUGCUGUUGAUAAAAUUGUUGAAGGUGGAAUUGGACUUGUUCAUCCUGAUCAAGCUGCUGAGUUAUAUGAUUCUAUGCAUUCCUACCUUGCUAGUGUUGGAAUUACUGGUGUUAAAGUUGAUGUUAUUCAGACACUUGAAUAUGUAUCUGAGCAAUUUGGAGGUAGAGUAGAGCUUGCAAAGAAAUAUUAUGAUGGACUGUCCAAAUCUUUGGAGAAGAACUUCAAUGGUACCAACCUUUUAUCUAGCAUGGAGCAAUGCAAUGACUUCCUAUUGCUUGGAACCAAACAAAUAUCCAUGGGAAGAGUCGGUGAUGAUUUUUGGUUCCAAGAUCCAAAUGGAGACCCAAAUGGGGUGUUUUGGCUACAAGGUGUACAUAUGAUCCAUUGCUCAUAUAACAGCUUAUGGAUGGGUCAGAUAUUCCACCCUGAUUGGGACAUGUUCCAAAGUGAUCACGUCUGUGCUAAGUUCCAUGCUGGCUCUCGCGCCAUCUGUGGUGGACCGAUCUAUGUUAGCGACUCGCUAGGAGGUCAUGACUUUGAUCUCCUAAAGAAGUUGGUUCAUCCUGAUGGAACCAUCCCCAAAUGUCAAAACUUUGCUCUGCCAACUAGGGAUGUUCUGUUCAAGAACCCUCUCUUUGAUCAAGAAUCUAUUCUUAAGAUAUGGAACUUCAAUAAGUAUGGAGCUGUUAUUGGAGCAUUUAACUGCCAAGGAGCAGGGUGGGACAGGCAGGAAAGAAGGAUAAAGGGGUACAAGGAAUGUUACAAAACUAUGGAAGGUGCAGUACAUGUGAAGGAUAUAGAAUGGGACCAAACAUUGGAAGGUCUAGAAAUGGGGUUUGCUGAAGAGUAUGUUGUGUACCUUAACCAAGAAGACUCACUCCACUUGGUGACUCUCGAAUCCGACCCAAUCCAUGUCGUGUUGGACCCCUCAUCUUUCGAAAUUUUCAGCUUUGUCCCGGUCAAGGUGCUAGGACAAGAUGUCAAAUUCGCGGCAAUUGGUCUAACCAACAUGUUCAAUAGUGGAGGUACGAUCCAAGAACUCGAGUUUAUGGACUCGAGUGCUAAGAUGAAGAUCAAAGGAGGAGGGUGUUUGUUGGCCUAUUCAAAUGAGGAACCAAAGAAGUGCAUUGUGAAUGGUGAGGAAGUGGCAUUUGAAUGGUCUAAUGAUCAAAACAAGUUGGUGUUUGAUUUGUCAUGGAUUGAAGAGGCUGAUGGUGUUUCUGAAGUCAUUGUUCAAUAUUGAUGAAAAACUGUAUUAAUAAUUCUUUUUGGUUUUUGUAAUUUGGUUUUGUUUAUGUUUCAUGAGUGAAGAUUGUAAUUUUUGACUUUUUUUUAAAAAAAAAAUUGUAUGGAAAAAAAAAUAUAUGAAAAGGGAAUAUUUAUUGUAUCA